AUGAAUCACGCUUCAACUCUUUCUUCUUCGCUACAUGAUGAAGAGAUAUUAUCGGAUUGCUCAUCCUUUUUUUCUUCCCCGUUAGAUGAUGAUCACGGGUUGUUAUCGGGUUCCGAUGAAGGAUUAUUUUUGGAUUUUGAUCAAGAGAUAUUAACUGAUCAAGGGUUACAGCAUGAUGAUCAACCACCAAUAUCAGACUCGUCAUUAAAAGUUAAGAAUAUUCAGAAUUAUGAGGAUGAUACUGAGCAAAAAGAAACCAACUGUGAUUUAACUUUAGAUGAUGGCAAAUAUCAUGAAAACGUGUUUUCUCCAAACAAAAGUAACAAUAGUCACCAUGAUGAAAAUAUUGAAGAACCAAAGAUUGGCAUGACCUUUGACACUAUUGAAGAGCUUGCUAGUUUUUAUGCAAACUAUGGGGAAAAAAAGGGAUUUGGAGUGUAUAAAAGGUCUUCACGAAAGUCUUAUACCGAUGAUGAGAAAAAGUAUGCCACUGUAUCGUGUAAUCGGGCUGGAAAGUCAAUAUCCAACUCGAAAAAUAUAUUGAACCCUCGACCCGUUUCAAAAACAAAUUGUCCAGCAAAAGUUAAUGCGGUGCUUGGAAUGAGUAAAAAGUGGACGGUGUCAAAGGUUGAGCUCAAACACAAUCAUCCUUUUAGUCCAAGUAAAGGACGUUUUUAUCGGUGUCAUAGGUUCGUAAACCGGAAUGUCAAAAGACGACUUGAGAUAUAUCAAAGAGCUGAAGUAAGAAUGAAUAAGGGUUUUAAUACCUUUGUCGUUGAGAGUGGGGGAUAUGAAAAUGUACCAUUUACAGAGAAGGAUUGUCGCAACUACAUUGAUAAAGUGAAACGGUUAAAGUUUGGAGAAGGUGAUGCUGAAGCAAUUCAAAGUUAUUUCACGAAGGUUCAAUCUUCCGAUCGUGAUUUCUUUUACACAUGGGAACUAGAUGAAGAAAAUCGACUAAAGAGCUUGUUUUGGGCAGAUGCGAGGUGUAGGGCAGCUUAUGAGGAGUUCGGGGAUGUUGUUACAUUUGAUACUACGUAUCUUACAAAUGAGUAUGAGAUGCCAAUGGCUCCGUUUGUAGGAGUAAAUCAUCAUGGACAAUCAAUAUUGCUUGGUUUUGGAUUGAUUUCAAAUGAAGAUAACGAGACUUUCACAUGGCUAUUCCAGUCAUGGCUUGCGUGUAUGUCUGGACGUCCUCCUAAAGCCAUUAUCAUGGAUCAGGACCAAGCUAUGAAGAAUGCAAUACAAUAUGUGUUCCCGGAUGCACGUCAUAGGUGA